UGAGGCUGGGUGCGCUGUCGGGGCUGGGUCCGAGCGGUUCGGUCGCGCUGUCGGUGCCGGGUUGUGUGCUGUACACACGGAGCGGUUCGGCUCCUCAUCUCACCCAUGAGGCGUUGCAGGAGAUCCGUGGGGUUCCUGCUGUGGCCCAGCUCAGCCUGCCCGCGCUGGCAGAAAUCCAUGAUGUCCUGGAAGAGUAUAAAGAAGGAGCUGCAAAAUUUAUAGGUAUGCCAGAUGCUGUGCUGUACUGCUCCCUUCAUGACCCAGUCACUCCCUGUCCAUCUGGCUACAACACUAACAAGACAGUCUCCCUGUGGGGAAGCUCGGGACGCAUGGAAAUGACAGCUUCCAAGUUCAUGGAUAUACAGCGGGCCAUCCAGCCAGACUGGUUCCAGUGCAUCUCUGAUGGAGACACCAUUUCUGGGGAAGUUGGUAGAAAAAGAGCCAAGAAGUCUGUGGAUAGGUCGCUUUCCUUCCUGGAUGCAUGCCUUCAGCUGCAAGAAAAGUCACCAGAACUACAAGGAAGUGUAAUGUUUGGGGCAAUUGAAGGCGGAGAUGUCUUGGAAGAGAGGCUCAGAUCAGCCAGGGAGACUGCCAAGCGGCCUGUGGGUGGCUUUCUGCUAGAUGGCUUCCAGGGAUGUGCCAUGGCCAAAGAGACCAAGUUGAAACUGAUAGCUUCUGUCACAGCAGAGCUGCCAGAGGAUAAACCAAGAAUCAUUCAUGGUGUAGGCAAACCAGAUGAGGUGCUUGAGUGCAUUGAAAGGGGAGUGGACAUUUUUGAGAGCUUCUUUCCCUUCCAAGUGACGGAGCGAGGCUGUGCCUUGGUUUUCAGUUAUGACUGUCAUCCAGAUCCUGAAGCAGCAGCCAUUUUAGCACAAAAUGGGGCCCAAGACCUGGAGAAGAAUGGUGCUCAAGAAGACCAGGAUGAAAUCUCUAAAGCUGACCCAGAAAUGACACCAUUUGAGAUAUUUCUGAAGGACAAAAGAUACCAAGAUGAUUUUGGUCCUUUGCUGGAAGGAUGCACCUGUUACUGUUGUCAGAGGCAUACUCGUGCCUACCUCCAUCACCUCCUUGUGACCAAUGAGCUGUUGGCUGGUGUUCUGCUCAUGAUGCACAACUUCCAGCACUACUUCAGUUUCUUCAGUGCCAUACGGGAUGCCUUAAGAGACAAUAAACUGGAUCAACUGAAAGAGCUUGUCUUCAGGCAGGCACUUCAAGGCCUAGAAAAUGCAAAGCUUGGCCA